CCCCGUCUUCGCGUCCUCCCAUUAUGCUCUGCGCCUCUUGCCGCCUCCUAGUGGCCCGGGCGGCCACCACGCUUCCCGCCCCACCCAGAGGCCGGGGCCCUGCGUUUCGCUACCAGCGGCGGGAACUACAUUUCCCAGGGCACCCCGAGCCGCCCUCUAAUGACUCCUCAGCGGGCCGGCUGACAAGACAAAGCGUGCCUCUGGGCCGAAGGGUGAUCCUGAGGAGGGGGAGGAUGCCGCCGGCCCUAGGCGGAGGCCUGGCAGGGUCCGAGCUGCGAUUCCGGAGGGGCCGCUGCGGGUCCCAGGCUGCUAGGGUCGUGGGUCGGGACGUGGCUGCUGAGACUGCAGCACGAAACCCCAAACGGCCUGCUAGGGCCUCGCGGCUCUUUAAGGCGGCCGGCCGGUGGGCCCUGCUGGCCCUGGUGACGCUGCUGUCCUUUGCCACCCGCUUYCACCGCUUGGACCAGCCGGCGCACAUCUGUUGGGAUGAGACUCACUUUGGAAAAAUGGGAAGUUACUAUAUCAACCGCACCUUCUUCUUUGACGUGCACCCGCCUCUGGGAAAGAUGCUGAUAGGUCUUGCUGGCUACCUGAGUGGAUAUGAUGGUACCUUUUUGUUCCAGAAGCCUGGGGACAAAUAUGAGCAUCACAGCUACAUGGGAAUGAGAGGAUUCUGUGCGUUCCUUGGUUCCUGGCUGGUCCCCUUUGCUUACCUCACUGUGUUGGAUCUGUCCAAGUCGUUCCCAGCAGCACUGCUCACUGCCGCCCUUCUCACCUUUGACACAGGAUGCCUCACUCUGUCCCAGUACAUCCUCCUUGACCCCAUCCUGAUGUUCUUCAUCAUGGCUGCCAUGCUGAGCAUGGUCAAGUACAACUCCUGCGCCGACAGGCCUUUCUCUGCCUCCUGGUGGUCCUGGCUCAGCCUGACUGGCAUCAGUCUUGCUGGUGCUUUAGGGGUCAAGUUUGUUGGCCUCUUUAUCAUCGUGCAGGUGGGGUUGAACACCAUUUCAGACCUUUGGCACCUGUUUGGAGACCUUAGUCUUUCAUUGGUGACUGUGGGAAAACACCUGACUGCUCGCAUCCUGUGCCUUAUAGUGCUGCCCCUGGCGCUCUACGUGGCCAUUUUUGCUGUUCACAUCACAGUGCUGAAUAAAAGUGGUCCUGGCGAUGGCUUCUUCAGUUCCGCCUUCCAGGCCCGGCUUUCAGGGAACAACCUUUAUAACGCUUCCAUCCCUGAACACCUGGCCUACGGCUCUGUGAUCACUGUGAAGAACUUCCGGAUGGCCAUUGGUUAUCUGCACUCGCACAGGCAUCUGUACCCCGAGGGCGUGGGCGCCCGCCAGCAGCAGGUCACCACCUAUUUGCACAAGGACUACAACAACUUGUGGAUCAUCAAGAAACACAAUACAAACUCAGAUCCCCUAGACCCUUCAUUCCCAGUGGAGUUCGUGAGACAUGGAGACAUCGUUCGACUGGAACACAAAGAGACCUCUCGGAACUUGCACAGUCACUAUCAUGAGGCCCCCCUGACCCGGAAGCACUAUCAGGUCACCGGCUAUGGCAUAAAUGGGACAGGGGACUCAAAUGAUUUCUGGCGGAUUGAGGUUAUUAACAGAAAAUUUGGGAACCGGAUAAAAGUGCUGAGAAGUCGAAUUCGCCUCAUUCAUCUGGUCACAGGUUGUGUCCUGGGCUCCUCAGGAAAGGUUCUGCCCAAGUGGGGCUGGGAGCAGCUGGAAGUUACCUGCACACCAUAUCUAAAAGACACCCUCAACUCCAUCUGGAAUGUGGAGGACCAUAUCAAUCCCAAAUUGCCAAAUAUCAGCCUGGAUGUGCUGCAGCCCAGUUUUCCUGAGAUCUUGCUGGAGUCCCACAUGGUCAUGAUCCGGGGGAACAAUGGCCUUAAACCCAAGGACAAUGAGUUCACAUCCAAACCCUGGCAUUGGCCCAUCAACUACCAGGGCCUACGCUUCUCAGGGGCAAAUGACACAGACUUCCGAGUCUAUCUGCUUGGCAAUCCGGUGAUCUGGUGGCUGAAUCUGGUGAGCAUUGCCCUCUACCUCCUCUCAGGGAGCAUUGCUGCCAUCGCCAUACAGAGAGGGGCACAGCUGCCUGCUGAGGUGGAAGGGCUGACCAAGAUCCUGCUGCGAGGAGGUGGCCAGGUGCUGCUCGGGUGGGUGCUCCAUUACUUCCCGUUCUUCCUGAUGGGCCGGAUCCUCUACUUCCACCACUACUUCCCAGCCAUGCUCUUCUCCAGCAUGUUGACAGGCAUUCUGUGGGACACCCUCCUGCGACUCUGUGCCUGGGCUUUGGCUUCCUCUUGCCUGGCCAGGGGCGUACACGCCUUGGGAAUCCUGAGCCUGCUCCUGGGAGCUGCCUACAGCUUCUACCUCUUCCACCCUCUGGCUUAUGGGAUGGUUGGUCCCUUAGCCCAGGACCCCGAGAGUCCAAUGGCAGGACUAAGGUGGCUGGAAUCAUGGGACUUUUGAGGCCACUGCAAGGACCCCAGCCUGGAUCCAGGAACUUCUGGGGGACACCAGCUGUGAGCCAGUCCCUGGACCCUUCGGCUGCGGGAGCACUGCCUCAGGAGCCUGGAGAGUUCUGCUGCCUGCCAGGACCGAGCUCUGGGAGCGAACCCGGAUUAAACUCAACACUAAAAUGAGCCACAGCCUGUCUGCAGCACUACAGAGGACAGUGUCUCCUAGGCCCAGUUCUCCAAGUGUGCAACACAAGGGAGGAUGAGCAUGCAUGAGGGUGGGUGUGAGUGUGGGAGUGUGUGUGUGAGAUGCACACUUGUCCAAACCCCUGUGGAAUAUGGACCGUGUAACUGUGGACAGCUGAGAGUCAUAAACUCUUAAGAAAUAGUCCAGGGCUACAG